GACGUAAUAGUUGCCAUUGCAUGUUUUUGCUCAGUGCAGCCAGUAGCAGUAAAAAUUAAAUUUCGCCAAUUUUCUUUUUGUUGUUGCUGCUACUAUUAAUGCGUGUUUAUUUCGAUGUCUUCAACGGAGGAAGAAGUCGAAUUUGACAUCGAAUAUAUUGCUACGGAGGUCCAGCCUUACAUGUUUGAACCGCUAGCUAGUAGCAAUAAUGUUGAAACUGACGAAGAUCUGUCUUCGUCGUCGUCAACGGACAGCUCAUCUGACGAAUAUACUCACAGGAUUGGAAAUACAAACUGGUGUGAGUGUGGACACUGUGUGGCGAUGACAACCGGCCGGGAAAGCAUUUGUUGCCAUGAGGAACCGAAGACAGACCCUAAAAUUAAUGGUGACCAUUUAUGCAUCACAGAAGAACAAGAGUUUCACAUGGUCUGCAUCAACGAAACAGUCGUUAGAACAGCUAUGGUUGUAUUCGUUCACGAUCACGGGGCAAUACCAGACGCUCCAGAAACCGAAACUUUGCGUUACACUGCCUAUAGGCAAUGGACAGCAUGGAUACAUGGAAAGCUUGGCAAGAAAUAUCGACUUCCUAUACCAUCCUGUGCUGUUAAAGAAAUAAGGAAAGCAUUUCCUUCACCUUCUGGCAUAGAUAAAGGCUUUGAAUAUGCACAGCAUUUAUAAAUACCUCUUGCAUUGCCUUGUAAAAGAAAUGUGUAUGCUUUGGUGCAUAUAGUAUAACAACUCGAUGAAAACCUUCAAGAGCUUAUGUUUGUUUUUCAUGGCUGAGCUUCCCAAUAUCUUUCAUGAGAUACCUGCUUUCAACAAUCGAUGCCAAUUCAGUAAAUGCUCUAGAUCCUUGGAAAAAAGAUAGAAAAUUUUAUGGUGCCCAUUUAUGUCAUAUGUUGACAAAUAACACCACAUUGUGGCAUUGGCUGGCAAUUGAAGUUUGUUGAUAAAGAAAGUAUCAAUUACUGUAAAUAACUAUUAUGUCUUAUACCAGAGCAUUUAGGAUUAAUUUGUACCUUUCUUUAUCCAUAAGCGAGGCUCAAGAGUACCAUGCUCACAUUUUGGAAAUAAUUCGCUAUGACCAUCAUGAAUGUUGCAAAUGUGAUUCAUCAAUGAUAGCCAUUUAGCCUUAAGUAGUUUCUCAUCACCACCACUACUUGCAGCACACCAGUAGACAUGGUUAGAUAUUGACUGUGCCCAAUCAAGUAGCAAUCUACAUCCACUCUUCUUACUGGCUGCCAUUACCUUUUUUUUGAUACCUGUAGAAAAAAAUAGACACUGUACAUUGGUUAAAAAAUUGUAAUGCAAAACAUAGCAAUAAUUGAUCAAAAUAUCAUGAAAUUAAAUGCAAUUAGAAAAAUUCUAAAA